UCAGCGGUGACGUCACGGUCCCGUGCAGUAGGACGGUCUCGUUCCUCCGCCCCGUUAAAUCCACCUGCUGCACCUGCAGCCGCACCGACACACCGAGAGGCUGGACCAGAGCAGCAUGGGAGGUGUUUAUUCUCUUGAGAGGAUGGCAGAAGUUUUCUCCUAUGAGAGCUCAGAAAUCGACUGGUGUGAAGACAACUACAAACACUCGGAGCAUGUGGUCGAGUACUUCAACACUAUGAGCAACUUUGUCUUCUUCAUCAUAUCUCCCAUCAUGCUCUACCUUCUGCACCCCUAUGCCAAAGAGAGGAACCUGGCCAUCCACCUGGUCUGGAUCAUGAUGAUUUUUGUAGGGCUUUUCUCAGCAUACUUCCACAUGACUCUUAGUUUCGUUGGCCAGAUGUUGGAUGAGCUGUCCAUCCUGUGGGUGUUGGCAGUUGGAUAUGCUGUCUGGUUCCCUCGCAAAUUCUUCCCUUCGUUUGUAAAAGACAGGUCCACAUUUUCAAGACUCGUCUUGGUGAUCACCAUCAUCAGCUCGGUGUCAUCCUUCGUCAAACCUACGGUCAACGCCUAUGUUUUAAACUGCUUCGGCCUCCAUCUGCUUUACACUCUGUUUCUCGAGAUGAGAUGCUGCACUGACCAGAAGGUUCUGCGUCUCGCCAAGCUGUCGGUUGCUCUGUGGGGGCUCGCCAUCUCCUGCUGGAUUAGUGACCGUUUUGGCUGCAGUUUCUGGCAGCAGCUGAACUUCUGCUACCUCCACAGUAUCUGGCACAUACUGAUUGUGGUAGCUGUGGCCUAUGGCAGCACUCUGAUAGCUUACCUGGAUGCCAGCUACGAGAUACCGUAUUCGCUGCCUGGACUGCAGUACUGGCCCUGUGAUAAAUGGGCUGUUGGAUUACCCCACAUUGUCCUGAAAGGCACUACCAAGACUCUCAAACGGUGCUAACAAAGUUAACAUGAGAUAUGACCCUAGCAGAGCAUUUCUGCUGGUUCACUCUGCUACUGGAGUUUGUGAAGGGCAAGUCACCAAAAUGAUCUUAUCAGCUCAUGUAGCUCAUAUUACAAACUGAAUCUGUGAUCCAAAAGUACGUCCCCAUCACCAAAACUCAAAUCACAGGAGUCUAAAGUCGACACUCAGACUAACACUCGACAAAAACAAAAUCUAAUAUGCUGGUUUUCUGAUCCUAAAACAGGCUAUAUAUAAACCAUGGGUGAAUUACAUAUGUUUACAUUUAUUUUAUAUAGAACGAUGCAACGAGGAUCCUGCUGAUAAGGAGGGGUGGGAGACACGAUAGAUUUAGCUAGAUUUGGGCUAAAUGGUGGAUGCUUUCAGUAAGAAAGGAGGGAAUAAUUUCUGCAUUUCAAUAUUUAUAUGUUCACAUAAAAAGGGACAGAAAUGUUUGUGUCAGUAAUGAAAAAUGAGAGUUUAUGACAGAUCAAUGAGUCCUUUUUUAGCUGGUUGUCAGUAUGGAGGGUUUUAAUGAGAUGAUCAGCAUACAAAUACAAAUACAUCCAAAAGUCUGUUAACAGAACUGUGAAAUUUCAAUCUACUGUUAAAAUACCUUUGGAGGGCACUUUGUAAAUGUCUACACAUAUUUAUAUAUGUAUACAGUUAAAUCUAUGGGAACGUACCACAUGGAUCAAGAGAUUCUUAAUUAGAAAACACAAAAAUCUGAAGCUGAUACAUUAUGCACUGAAGGGGUUUAUUGAGGCUCUUUGUGUUAUAAUUGAUCCUUGUAGUAGGCCAGCACUGAGGUAGACUCACAGCUAAAACAAACCUAUUUCUUUAACCUAAACAUCCCACUUAAAAUACAGUAGUAGUAGUAGUAUAUGCAUCAUUUACAUGGCCACAUUGAUGAUUUUCUAUCCAAUAGGUUCAUACUUCACACAGUGGCAAAGAAGGAGCAUUUGAAAAUAUCACACUAAUGUAUAUAUUUGUGCUUAGUUUGUCUUUUCAAGACCCAAUUAAGCAUUUUUAAAAAAAAAAAAAACUUUUUAACUACAUUUUUAUGGGAAAACCUAUUUAAUUAUUUUAAUUUUCUGCUCAUAGACAGGGUUGACUGAUCUUGAACUUCUGUGGAAGAGUGCAAAAUGACGUGUGCUUUCACUGACACAUUUCUCAGGUUCUAAGAUGAUGACACCAAAGAGUUUGCAAAUACUUGAUGGUUUUAAAAAUGUGUGUGGACCCCUGAAUGACUGGCAAAAUGAAAGAAAUUGUGUGAAGAGUAUGAAUGAUGCAAGUGUUCUUUGUGUAAAUCUGAUACUGUUUUUUUUUUUUUGAGAAUACGAAUGUACUUUUGUUGCAAAAUAUAUUGACAUACUGUACGUUUUCUUACUAUGACACUAUUAUUUUCCUGUUCCUGCUGUUUUUCUGCAGUGGAAUGUUUCUUGGAAUGAAGCACUACUGAGAAAUAUGUUUACAUGUGAUUUUAAAAUAUGCACUCUAUCCUCAGGGCCGGUAUGAGCUGUGUAACCUGAACUGAGUUUCACCUCAGGUUAAACUAGUACUAGCACUGACAUUUCAGUAGCAUAUGUAUCAGGUAUUUUUCUGGUUUGUUUCUCUGGGGAAGUAGUGUUGCUGCAUUCAGGACCUUUGAAAUAUGACUCUAGAGUUCAUUUGAAUUACCGACCAACCAACAAUCCCAAAUCUGCUUCUUUUCUAUGACUGCCCUUAAUUCACCAAAGUGACCUUUUUGCUGAAUUUGGUGAUGUUUUGAGAAUAUUCAGGGACGUUGUGCCUCCAUUCACAUGAUCUUUCCCGAAGGACACAAUGGAUACAACAAUAGAUCCUUUACGCAAACAAAAUGAACAGGUGUUCAACAGUGACCUCCUGUGGGUGAAGAGAUAUUUAACAGUCUAUUAUCUCCUGACAGAACUGGUGUUUUCCCUCCUGUAGGUCCAGAUCCAGGGCAAUCAGGAUUUAAAGGAUAACACAAAAUAUGUAGAUAUGUUUGAUUCAGUACAUUAUGGUUCCUUUUUUAUACUUUUUUUUUUUUUUGUGAAAUACUGGAUUUUUCCCCCGUUUUUGGACCAAUAAAAUCCUUCAAAUGGAACAGACAGGGAGUCAUUUUAUAUUGAACUGCUCACAACUGAUUUCUAUACGAAGACCAUAUACUUUGAUAAGCAAUUUAAAACAGAGACAUGGCUCUAUUUUAGAUUACUACACAAAAAAGAUGACACCACUGCUCUAUGCAUAUUCAUUCAUAAAUACAUCAUAUGUUUGGUGCACAAUACCUAUCAAAAUAUUUGUUCAGAUUUAAUUGAAGGCCUUUGCACGAUAGUAUUUAUAUGUAUUCAUGGUUAUCAGCAAUGCUCUGUUCAUUAACUUUAAGUUCCAGUAAAAAUCUGUGCUAUGUG